AUGUUAAUGCCGUUUCUCAAAAAUAUUGGUAACUACUGCAAUGUCAUAUGUAUUCAUACCGUAGCAAAACAUCUCGGUAGAGUACAUCCAGCAUGUCCGAAAGACGGUGAGAGAAGAGAAAAAUGUCUCGAGAAAUUUUGCAAGGAUAUUUCUCAAUUAUUUAAAAAGAAGAAUUUGAAGUGCAAUGUUUGUCCUAUCGUUAUGAAGGAAAUCAAAGAGAAAAGUAAUGAGGAACUCAAAGAAAUGAUCGUUAACAAUGAUUGUACUCAUUUAUUUCCUACUGCAUGA